UUUUAGCUAUAUACAUUACUGCUAUAUUUAAAUGGCACAUUAUUAUGAUGAACUUGCAGUGGUUAGCUAGCUUCGCUUCUGUUUUCAAUGUGCUAAUUUGUUUGCUUAAUCAGUCCUGCUACUUUUGUCCUCAUUCGAAUAUUUUCUUUACAGGUUUCUGCUUCAUUUGUCACCUCUAAGACAUGGCAUGUGUACAGCAAGUCCGAACAUCUCAGGACACUCAGCUGUUGCCCAGUCAGGUAGUAUCAGAGCUGCAGUCCAUUGCUGUUAUCAAGAAACUUCUGGCUAUUGCCGUGUCUGGCAUCACAUACCUGAGAGGACUUUUUCCAGAGAAAGCCUACGGGAACAAAUAUGUGGAAGAUCAGAAAGUGAUGAUCCUCAGAGAGGAGCAUAGUUGUCCUGGUGCCUGUCAGAUUGUUCGGUGGAUGCAGGGAUGCUUUGAUGCCAUCCAGUUGAAAUAUCUGCGGAUUGUCAUUAUGUCUGUCUACACAGACCCUGACAAACCGCAGAAUGUGACAGAGUUUUAUCAGUUCAGGAUUCAGUACAACUCUGACGGGGCAAGGAUGGACUUUGAGAGCAACCACAACAAAAAUAUAUCGACAAUGUUGUGUGGCAGCACCAAGAAGGCUAGCAUCCUGUUGGUGAGGAAGCUCUACACUCUCAUGCAGAACCUCGGUCCUCUUCCGGAGACUGUCUGCCUCAACAUGAAGCUGGCCUACUAUGAUGAUGUGACGCCUCAGGACUAUCAGCCGCCAGGCUUCAAGGAGGCUGAUGGAGACACACUGGUGUUUGACAAGGAGCCGGUCAAACUGACCAUGGGCGAGGUCGUCACACCUUUCCACACCAUCAAGCUGGACAUGGCCACUGAGAGACACAGGCUGGAGCCGGUGGAGGAGAGCGUUGGUGGGAAAGACAAGUGGUUUCUCAGGGUGCAGGACGAGGGUGUGGUGUCACAGAGUCAUGUGAUUGAAGAUGUGGACAUGGACAACAACCACAACGAGAUAGAGCUGAUGUGCCAUGAGAAGAUGGCGACUCGUGAGGUUACCAAGGUCGACACCGUGCCGAAAGGGACUUCUGACAUGGAGAUGACCACCAGGAGCGGGCGCAUUAUUAAGUCCACCACGCAGUGUGUUCUGCAGACAAACAGGAUGAUGGACAAUAGGAAGGACGCAGCUAUGAAGGACAAAAUGGUUUCUGAGUACGAGAUUCCAAACAGCCAGGAAACUCCACGGAAGAAACGCAAGUUCAGCGAACCCAAAGAGCACCUCUGACCAACCAGGCACUUCAGUUUUGUCAGUUUUUAAAUGUUCAUUUGUAAGAGUUACAUUUUGAAUGGACAUGCACCUUGUUGCAUUAGAAGAGUUUUUCAUUAAUGUUCAGAUGUCUUGGUGGACUUUUAGUUAACAAACCUUUGUUUGCAUGGUGUUUAAACUUCUGCACUUGUGCAGAGCAGGUCAGUCGGCUUCAAUAAAAGACACACAAAGUGCUGAGUAGUUUCACUGGAGCUGCUAUAAGCAUGAAAGCUUCUACUAGCAUACAAGCGAAGCUGCUCGGCUUUGAUUAGAUUCCACUUCCUGCCAGUUUGAGAGAACUAAAGCCGCCCCUCAUAUGUGAACACACCCAGUAAAUGUCAGUAUUUGCAUGUGGAGUGCAUUAAAUGAAGCUGUUAAGUGAAAGUGGAUUAUAUGUGAACACAGUGACCUUUGGGCCCAGAUAAGGCCCGUCAGCAGCCUCCUGCUCGACAAGCGGUGUGUUUUUAAUCUCCCAUUGUUUUUCCCAGAGAGAGGGACAUUUGCUGAUAGACUGCCUGAGCCUGCUGAAGAUCAAUACUGCAGGAAGCCUUUGUGAUGCAUAGCCAAGCAGCCCCAUCCCUCGCUCUGUCUGGAGCGGGGGGGUUGAGGGACUCAUAUAGCUUAACACAGGCAUUGUGUGGACCGCUGCAUUUGUUUUAUUGUCCCUCAUUGUAUGAUGUUAUAAAGAGGGGAAGCAUAAAGCAGAGGGUGAUACAACGAAGAAUUAGUUUCACAUCUCACACAUCUAUACAACCACCCAGAUCAUGUGACCCAUAUGUACGGCUUUUACUGGCAUCUUUUCGCUGAGCGUGAAGAAACAAGCUAACUAUUUUUUCUUUUUAAGCUGAUUCCAACAAUAGCUUGUCAAGGAGUCCCAGGAGUCGGCCACAAUCCUUCACUCGCACAUUUCAUUUCUCUACACAGCCAUCGCCCACAAAUGAAUUCUCAAAUUAAAUUCAGGGACACACGUCCAGUGGGCAGCGCUAGCAGAUCAAUCAGUUGGUCAAACAGCAGGGGUGGGGGGCGCUCAGCAGACCAAUGAAAAUCUGGGUUGGGUCCGACUGAGUCGAUAGCUGAGGUCCAUGCGGCCCGCGUGCGGUCAAGGGCUGAUAUACAGACAGCCACAGUCCAUCCACAGCUCACCAUAGAUUAAAGGCAGCUUCGCCGAGCCCGUGGUGGAUGGACUCUGAUUGUGCCUGCAGGGCCUGCAGGCCCCACGGGGGUGCUGGGCUUUCCAGCAGGAGGGGGUGGGGCGAGGUAUGGAGUGGACAUCCAGCCCAGGGAUUGUGACCCUUAUGACCUUGCCAGAAGGGCAGCAAAUGUUUCCGAGCUGAUUAGUGCUCCCCCACUCGCUGUUAGCGCUUUACAGUCAGAGUGGGCCCGAGGCACUCGAGAACAUCCGCUAAAAAUGUCACUCAGAUUUUCUCCUGGAAAAAUGCUCAGAAUCUCAGGUUAAGGUUAAGACAUAACUAACAGAACUUUAUAAAAGCUCUCAGGGCACUGAAUCAAUCACAACGGGACUGUUCAGGUUGUGUUAGAAGACAUUUCGCCUCUCAUCGAAGCAGGCUUCAUCAGUUCAUGUUCAAGACUAGAUAGGACAGCUUUAGUCAGAGGGGAUGGUGUGGGAACCAAGUAUUUAUCCUCGCUCCAACCGAGAUUAGUUUUAAUCUUUUGGGACGCAUAACAACAGUCGUUAUGGUACAGUGGAGUGUGGCCUCUGCCAGCUAAUGACAGUAAUUUGGGUGGAAUCACCCUUGUUAGUAUUCCAUUCAGUUGGAACAAUGUUCAUGGGGGCACCUGAGACCAGAAGAAGAAAGAGAAUGAAAAGGACAGCAUUGCAUGUGGGGCAGAGGUGGUGUCGCAGACCUCCCCCUUCAGUUCAGUGAUGGUAGAUGGCUUCCCUCACUCCGCUUUGAAAACAUCUGCCUUCUCUGUUGAGAAUAUUUACAUUCUGUCCUCAAAUGAGUGCUGUUUUUCUUUCAGGUGCAGGUAGACAGCUGAGUCUUGACCAAAAUAGUUAGCCUGUCUGUUGUGACGUGCCUUCUCAGUGGCUGCUUUGUUUCCAAAUAUCUUUUUCUAUGCCGCUUAUCUUCAUUAGGGUCGCGGGGGUAUGCUGGAGCCUAUCCCGGCUGACUUUGGGCAAGAGGCGGGGUACACCCUGGAUUGGUCGCCAGCCAAUCGCAGGAUGCUUGGUUUCAGCAAUAUAAAAAUCAGUGCGUUCCUCACUACACUGGACACCAGAUUGUUUUUCUGGGUAUAGGUUGUCCAGUCUUUGGGGCGUACCAGCCUUUGUCUACAGAUGUGACGUGUAUUGGAAUGUUGUGUUGGUUAAAAAAAUCUUCUCAGAUAGACCUGAUUCAUACAGAAUGACAAUGUUAUUACGUCUGCUAUUUUUUUCUUCCUCGUCCUCAUUGCUCUUGUUGCGUCUGGAACUAGAUGCACUUCUUGCAAAUGACCACAGGUUUUGAGGAACUCCCAGGUGUUUAUACUCCUUCGCUUUGGUCUUUGGGUUGGUGAGAACAUGAUCAGCUCUGUGUUGUAGGGUUCUGAUAACACCAAGUUUGUAUUCCGGUGGGUGGUGCGAAUAUAUAGGUAUUGGUCAGUGUGGGUGGGUUUUGUGUGAACCCUAACAUGGAGGCCCCUUUCGUCUCCAAUGCAAACAUCACAGUCCAAAAAAGCCAAGUUAUUGUCUUUAACAUCCUCAGGUAUGAACUUGAUGUUUUUGUCCACUGUGUCGUCCACAUAUCUGUACCGGUGACUUGGUGCUGUUCCCUUAAAGACGUUCAGAGCCCUCCUUUGCAUGUCUUCCAUGUAGAGGUUGGGGGAUACUUGUGAACCCAUAGCACAACCGUAUUUUUGUCUGUAAAAUGUUCCCAUUAAUUGAAUAUACAGUAUGUGGUAUUACAACACAGAUCCAACAAAUGGCAUAUCUGUUCUGGGUUGAGUUUGGACUAGUCUUGGAGGGUGUAAUAAAGCAGUACCCUUGCAACCCCCCUUGCCUCACGAUUUCCACUGUGUUCUGCAAGUUGAGAUACAAUUGAGUCAUUUUAGUGCAGCUUUAGGUCUUUGACCCUAUUAACAAAGUCAAUUCCGUUUUGGAAGUGAUGUGGUGUUUUGCCGACCAGAGAUGCUCAAAUGUUGGCCUCAUAUUUGAGUAUUUCUGGAAGACCAUAAAUGCCAGGGAUGGUCUCUUGUGGAUAUAUCUGGUAAUAAAGUACACAGUAGAUGUCUUCUGACUUCUGUAAUGUUUGUAGGGACUAAAUGGUUCUUGUCUUAUAUGGUACCCUGAUGAGGUCAGUGGGUCUCUUUUCAGUCUUUCAUAUGUGUUGGCAUCACUGAGAAGUAUAAGUCAGUGUAAAUCAGUUGUGUUAAUCCAUGCCCAGCGAUGUCACAGGUUUUCUUUCCUUGAGGAGAGGUUAGAAGGGUGGGCCUUAGCAUUGGAGAGCGCUGACGACACUUUGAACCUCAUUUGUGGUAUUCUUCCUAUAGCUGAUUCUGUUGCCAUGAUCAGAUCAACUAUUGGAACUUGUGGUUUAAUGGCGAAGUUCAGCCUUUUAACCAAAACCUCCUUGUCUGUUUGGGUAAGUUUUAUGUCUGACAGGUUUUUAUUAGCCAUCUGUUGCGUAAUUCUUCAUUAGCUGAGGUCCCUUUUUUUUGCCCCCAGGUGAGCAAGUUCUGUCAUUUGUGAAACUUUCUUGUUUGUCUUGCUUUGGCUUUGUUUUGUUGAGGAAGUUGGGCAUUCGUGGUGAAAUGAAUCACCUUUUCACAAACCCCUUGGGGCAGAAUUGUAAUUUUUCUAACUUCACCAUCAGGCUUUCAGCGGUAAAAUUGACGUGUCAUAAUCUCGUCCUUUUCCAGAUUUUCUCUGUCCUGCAGCCUUUCAUAGGCUUGUCUGUAAAUGUUAUUUACUGCCAUUUUCUGUAAAUAAUGAACUGAAACAAGCUUAAUAAUCCUGAAUAAAUA